AUGCCUUCCAUGAUGAAGAUCGCCCUCCCGGCCCUGGCUGCCGCCAGCGGUGCCUACGCUGCCUGCAGUGUUACCGCUACCACCACCAUCCAGAAUGCCGGUGACGCCAGCGCCAUCGCUACCUGCUCAACCUUCUCCGGUAACAUUGCCAUCGCAACUGGCACCACCGACGACAUCUCGCUCAACGGUGUCAAGAAGAUCGACGGUAACCUUGUCGCCACGAACAACUCCGACAUGAGGCAGAUUAGCGCUAGCGACCUUGAGGAGCUCGACGGAGAGAUGCAGCUCGACGGCCUUACCCGCCUCUACGCCGUCAACUUCCCCAAGCUCAAGAGCAUCGACUCCAUCAAGUGGAACGCUCUGCCCAACCUCCAGGAGAUUGGCUUCACUGCCGAGGUCACCAAGGCCAACAAGGUUGACAUCCAGAACACCGCCCUCCGCUCCCUCAAGGGUAUCAACAUCGAGGAGGUCGACACUGUCUUCAUCGCCAACAACGGCUACAUUGAUGAGAUCUCUAUGCAGCUUGGCAACGUCUCGACUUCGCUGACUCUUGCCGACAACAACGAGGCCGUCAAGGUCGAGCUGCCCAACCUCAUCUGGGCUAGCAACCUGACCUUCCGAUUCUGUGGUUCAGUCUCUGUUCCUUCCCUCGAGCGUCUCAACGGUUCUCUCGGUCUCUACAACAACGGUUUCGAGUCCUUUACUGCUCCCAACCUUACUUCCGUCGGCGAGGCUGUUGCCGUUGUCGCCAACGAAAACCUGUCCAACGUCUCUUUCCCCUUGCUUGGCAAGAUCUCCGGCAACCUUCAGAUCGCCAACAACUCCAAGCUCAUCGAAGUUGAUGGCUUCCCUGCUCUCAAGAGCAUCAACGGAGCUUUCGACAUGAGCGGUAACUUCACUGACGUCUCUACCCCCAAGCUCAACAGCGUUUCGGGCGCCUUCAACCUCCAGUCCACCGACAACGUCACCGCUACCUGCGCUACCUACAAGCCCCUCAAGGACAAGAAGCUCAUCGAGGGUGGCUACAAGUGCGAGGGCAAGCUCAUCGACCCUGCUGGUGAGGGCCACAAGGGUACCAAGCAGGGUGGCUCUGGCUCCGACUCUACUGGUGCUGCUUCCACUCUCAGCGCCGCUACUGGUGCUCUUGGUCUUGCCGCCAUGGCCGCUGUUCUCCUCUUCUAA